AACAUCGAGUAUAAAAUCUUUCAUGACAGAGUGGUAAAAAAAGGCAGGAGUGUGCUCGGAAGAUCAACAAUUUAUCGAAAACACCGCAGAUGUGAGAGUUUAACGUGCGGACGCAGAAGAGAACGUUCCUCGUUUGGAAACUGAGAGCUUUUGUAUUUUUAUUCUCAUUUAAAUAUUCCACCGUGCGUAGUAUUUAGCAGUAUCGUUCGCACACACACAAGUUUGUAUUUCAAAAACUGAAAAUAUGUCUAAUAAAUUUGAAACUACUUACAGAUUGAAGGCUACCGAGGACAGUGACGAGGAGACCCAAUCAAAGAAUAAUCAAAAAGUUGAAAAGGGUCUACUACCUCCAAUAGAAAUAAAUCCAAACGAGCACAAACUACAAUAUGCUUAUGCACUCUGGUACAGUCGACGUAGCCCUGGCAAACAGACCAGCAUACAGAGUUAUGACCAAAAUUUGAAGCUGAUCGGCAGGUUUGCGAGCGUGGAGCAAUUUUGGGGUCUUUAUAGUCAUCUAGUACGACCUUCGGAGCUUACGACACAUACAGAUUUUCACCUUUUUAAAGUCGGCAUAAAACCUAUGUGGGAAGAUGAAGCGAAUCAAAAAGGUGGAAAGUGGAUAGUAAGAUUACGAAAAGGUUUAGUAUCUAGAUGUUGGGAAAAUCUUAUACUGGCAAUGUUAGGAGAACAAUUUAUGGUGGGAGAAGAAAUUUGCGGUGCUGUUGUGUCUAUAAGGUUUCAGGAGGAUAUAAUAUGCGUUUGGAAUAAGACUGCGUCCGAUGUGGCGACAACAGCGCGAAUCAGAGAUACGUUAAGAAGAGUGUUACAUCUUCCAGCUAGUGCCUCUAUGGAGUACAAAACCCAUAAUGAGAGUUUGAAGAAUGUACAUCGGCUCUAAGUCUGUUCAAUUUUGAAAACAUGUUAUACGCUCACGAGACUCAUAGAUAAUUGCAUACUUUCUGGACGGAAAGUAAGAGACGUGGAAGAUAUUUGAAAACAUCCAUUUGACGAUACACUUUAUUCCCAAGUGUCUGUGUUGUAACUUAUGUAAAUAAUAAAUACACAUUGAUAAUAAAUAAAUUCCGCUG